AUGAAGUUGCCUCCUGGCUGUGAUUCGAUGUCAGGAAAAAUUGUCCGUUUGAACAAGAGUUUGUACGGUUUGAAGCAAGCAUCUAGAACAUCUUAUAAGAGGCUCGUGUCGGACCUGCUUUGGAUAGGUUUCGAGCAGUCUCUGUCUGAUCCCUGUGUCCUGCGUUUCAUGAUGGGAGACGAGGUGAUGGGUAUAUUCGCUAUUCAUGUGGAUGACAUUCUGUAUGCAGGAACGAAGAGGCUUGCCGAGGUGAUUGUGGAGGCGCUAGGUGACUCUCUUCCUACGAAGAAUCUGGGAGAAGUCAGAUUCUUUCUUGGUUGCGAAAUUAGUCGCGACCGCGAGGCUGGCACGAUUGAGAUUUCUCAAGAGAGCUACAUCAGGAAUGUUCUAGAGAGAUUCAAUAUUUGUCGGACCAGCUCGAUCCCCGCUUCCCCUGCCAACGAUAGCAGGUCCGUGAUGGAGGAUGAGGAGGCAGGAGAUGUGCCGUUCAGGGAAGUGGUGGGAUGCCUGAUGUGGAUCGCCAACAAUACGAGGCCAGAAACUUCGAACGCUGUGCGGACGGUGGCGAGACACUCUCACGAGCCCAAGAAGAGUGACUGGAAGGCAGCCCAGAAGAUUUUGAGUUAUCUUAAGGAAACGGCACAUCUAACUCUGAAGUACAAGCAGGACACUACGGUAGACGUAGGCACGUUAGUGUACGUAGACGCUGACUUUGCCAGCAAGGCCACUGACCGUAGAUCAGUUUCUGGAGCAUUAGUUCUUGUAGUUGGCUGUCUUGUGUCUUGGUUUUCUUGGACGCAGAAAUGUGUCUCACUGUCAACUUCUGAAGCAGAGUAUAUUGCGAUGGGUGACGGUGUUAAGGAGGCUUUCUUUGUGAACGGGAUGCUUCAGUUCUUGAGACCUAGUGCGAAGCCUCGGAAAAUUGACGUCUUUGAGGACAACGAAGGAGCGAUUGCGCUUGCAGAGAAUCCGCUUAGCUCGAGUAGGAGUAAGCACAUUGACGUGAGGCACCACUUCCUUAGGAAUUUGACGGAGGAGGGCGUGAUCGAGGUCACCCAUGUCCCAAGCAAGGAGCAGCAUGCUGACAUCCUCACAAAGGCUCUACCGAGAAACCUUUUUGAGUUUCACCGUGACUUUGUCCUUGGCUCAGUAGCUGAGAAGUAG